AUCAGAAAGAGACUGUUCAGAUUUCACAACUCUAAAUCAUGUUGGGAAAGAAGUUAGUGACUGCACAGAAGCGAGGGGAGACAAGAGCCCUGUGCCUGGGCCUGGGCAUGGUCGCAUGCUCCAUGAUGAUGUACUUCUUUAUUGGGAUCACUAUUGUGCCAUUCUACACUAAAAGCGUUUGGACAACAGAAACCAUGUGUAAGGUACUCAAGGCCAACAUCAAAGACCAAGAAGUCCCCUGCUCAAACAGCGAAGGCUCGGAGGAUGAGGACAUCUUUCCUUAUCCCUGUCUCCAGGUGUGGGUUAAUCUGACAGCCUCAGGGCAAGAGGUUAUGCUGUAUCAGACUGAAGACACACUGGAAAGAAAUCCUAAGUGCUCAUACGUCCCAGGCAAGUCAGAGAACUCUAAAGAAGUUAAAGCACGAAUAGAAACAAUUGCAAGCAAUUUCAGAAAAUACCAGACUUUCCCGUGCUACUAUGACCCAGGAGGAACACAGACCAAUGUCAUUUUAAGCAGACUUUACCCCCCAAAAGGUCUCCUCUUUGCUUUCCUUUGGCCUACCCUCUUGUUUACUGGUGGAUGUCUGAUUAUUGUUCUGGUAAAAAUUAGUCAGUAUGUUUCUGUUCUUUCUGCUUGGCAGUAGAAAAUAAAUAGCUAGCACAGAUUGUUGCAAGAUAUUAAAGUGCCUUUGUUCUCCCC